AUGAGUACAACACGAACAAUUCGUCGUACAGUUGAACAUGGUAUUCGACAAGUAUCAGAUUUGGGUAAAGGUGAUGCAUUAUCAUUAAUGCGUGAACAACGUGAUCAUGAAAAACAAGAAUUAAUUGAAUUAAAUGAUAGAUUUUCAUCUUAUCUUGAUCGAGUUAAAUAUUUUGAACAAACAAAUAAACAAUUACAAAAUACAUUAGAUCAAUUAAGAUCAAAAUGGGGUUUAGAUUCUGAUAAAUAUAAAUCUGAAUAUGAACCUGAAUUAAAUAAUUUAAGAAAAACAAUUGAUUUAGCUACUGUUGAAAAAGCUAAAACAGAAAUACGUGCUAAAAGAGCUGAAUAUGAUUUAAUUUAUUAUAAAAAAUUAGUUGAUGAUAUUAAUCAAUGGACAAAUCAAGAUAAAUUAAAAAUAAAUUCUCUUCAAUCAACAAUUGAUGAAAAUCAAAGAGAAUUUGAACAUGUUCAACGUUUAAUGGCUGAUUCAAUGUCCGAUAUUGAAAAAUAUCGAAAUGAAAUGAAACAUUUAUAUGAAGAAAUUUCACGUUUAUUAAUUGAAUUAGAUCAAGAAACAAUGGCUAGAAUUAAAAUUGAAAAUGAAAAACAAACACUUGAAGAACAAAUACCUUUUCUUUCAGCUAUUCAUGAACAAGAAAUGAAUGAAUUAAGAAAUUUAUCUUCACCAAAUAUUGGAAUUGAUCCAACAACUUUUUAUAAAAAUGAACUUCAAAGAGCUAUUAGAGAAAUUCGAAAUGAUUUUGAAAAUCUUUCACGUUCUCAAAGAUUAGAAUUAGAAGAAUAUUAUAAAAUAAAAACAGAUGAAAUUAUUCAACAAGCUCAACAACAAAAACAACAACAAAAUAAUCAAUUAAUUAAUCAAGAUAAUGCUAAUCAAUUAAGAAUUUCAAUUAAUGAAACUAAAAAAGAUAUGUUUGAUUUACAACAAGAUUAUAAUAAUUAUUUACAACAAAUGAGUCAAUUAGAAUCAAAACUUGAAACACUUAAACGAGAAAAUGGAGAUUUAAUUGAUACACGUGAAAGAGAAAUUUUAGAACUUCGUUCUCGUUUAAAUCAAUUAAUGAAUAGUUAUGAUGAAAUACUUUCAAAUAAAUCUUCACUUGAAUUUGAAAUAAAUACAUAUAGACGUUUACUUGAAUCCGAAGAAGCUCAUGUUAAAAAAAUAAAUCAAAAUCAAACAAUUAUACAUCAUCAUCAUCAAGUUAUAACUCAACCACCACCACCACCACCACCACCACCAAUUAUUAAAACGGAUUUUUCAUCAUCAUCAUCAGCAACAACAACAAAAAAAACAAUUAUUGAUACCAAAAUAAAUCAAACCGAAAUGCAAGCUAAAACAACUUUUCAAAGAUCUGCUAAAGGUCCAAUUAAUAUAGAUGAAUGUUCACCUGAUGGAAAAUAUAUCCAAUUAGCAAAUACAUCAAAAAAUAAAGAUAUUGAUUUAACUGGAUGGCGUCUUUUAAGAAAAGUUGAUAAUUCACCUGAAAUUCAAUAUUCAAUACCAUCAGGUUUUAAAUUAGCUUCAGGAAAAUAUGUUAAAAUUCAUGCACGUGGACAAGCUAAAGAAAGAUCACCAUAUGAUCUUAUUUUAAAUACACAUGAUUCAUGGGGAAUUGGUGUUAGUGUUGUUACACGUCUUUUAAAUGAACAAAAUGAAGAAAAAGCAACACAUAUACAAAAAACUGUUUAUGCUUCAUAA